GUCCUUUUUCUAAACGAAACAGAUUUAUUAAUAGUUGACUUGUUCUGGUUUGAACUAGAGUUUGGUGCGUGAGAGCCCUGGCCACUGAAUGUAAGCCCUCUGAAGGUAGGGACUCUGUUUUGCGCUUCUUUCUGACCGACCUCUUGUAUAGUCGGCAGGGUUUUUGUGUAGAGUCACCGUCUAGUAUAUGGCGAAUUGAACUGUUUGGUGAAAGAACUGUUCUAGAGCCGCUAACCAGCGUCUUAAAAAGUCUCCUAGUACCAUUAACCGGAAUCUCCCUUUUCCUGCAAAGGACCCAGUGCUGCUUGAGGCUUGAGCCCAAGGUGAAGAAUCACAUUUGAAAAAGAACUUUCCUAUGACUGCAGUAUCAGCUUGGAUUCCUCAGGCUAUUCAGAGUCAGAGGACCUUCCGCAGUGUUAAUUAUCAACUUACGAGAUGGCUUCUUUGCAAAGGAAGGGGCUGCAGGCAAGGAUUCUCAGCUCUGAAGAAGAGGAGAAAUUGAAUAGAGACCAAGCGUUAAUGUCUGAUUUUAAACAGCAAAAACUGGAAAAAGAGGCUCAGAAGAACUGGGACCUUUUUUACAAAAGAAAUAGCACUAACUUCUUCAAAGAUAGACACUGGACCACCAGAGAGUUUGAGGAGCUCAGAUCAUGUAGAGAGUUUGAAGAUCAAAAAUUGACUGUGCUUGAAGCUGGCUGUGGUGUUGGCAACUGUUUAUUCCCACUUUUAGAAGAAGAUCUGAAUAUCUUUGCUUAUGCCUGUGACUUUUCUCCAAGAGCUGUCGAGUAUGUCAAGCAAAAUCCUUCAUAUGACACAGAAAGAUGCAAAGUGUUCCAGUGUGAUCUAACCAAAGAUGACCUUCUUGAACAUGUGCCCCCAGAGUCUGUGGAUGUUGUCAUGUUGAUAUUUGUACUCUCUGCUGUUCACCCCGAUAAGAUGCACCUUGUCUUACAAAACAUUUACCAGGUAUUAAAACCAGGCAAAAGUGUCUUGUUUCGUGACUAUGGCCUAUAUGAUCAUGCCAUGCUUAGGUUUAAAGCUGGCAGCAAACUUGGAGAAAACUUUUAUGCUAGACAAGAUGGAACCAGAUCAUAUUUUUUUACUGAUGAAUUCCUGGCUCGGCUCUUCAUGGACACAGGUUACGAAGAAGUGGUGAAUGAGUAUGUGUUUCGUGAGACGGUGAAUAAAAAAGAAGGCCUGUGUGUGCCGAGAGUUUUCCUUCAGAGCAAAUUCCGAAAGUGUCCUAAGAACCCAAUACCCGUGACCCUGGGCCUGGGUCACAAGUCCUGACCUUUCAUGAGGUUGACACUUGUGCCUCCCCUUGAAGAAGAAAGUUUAAAGUCGCUCUAUUUUAUAUAUUUUUAUAUUUUAACUUUUUAAAAAUGAGUUUAUAUCAUUUUUGUUAAAAAGUAG